UCUAUCUUAUCAACAUGGAUGAUUUAAUACAUGUUUUGAGGAGUUAUUAAUUAGAAAAUGAAAGUGACGCAGAUAGGCGCGUAAGUCGGUUCGUUGAGAGGUCAUCGUCCCGCUCGCUUUCCCAUUUAUUACCUCACUGCUCCCAAGUGAUGGCCGGAAGACCAGCGAAGUGACCGCCGGGAGCUCGCCGUCUUCCCUUUUUCCGCCAUUUUUCUACUAUUCUCAUGAGCUUUGCUCUCUUCUCCAUCGGAAAAAUGGCAGCUGCUUCUCGCCCUAGGAAAAGACCCACAAUCAUCGACGGUUCGCUCGACGGUAGCUCGUCUGCUUCAUCUUCUUCUGAAGAGGAAGCAGAGGAGUCGGAGGAAGAGGGAUUAGAAGAUGCGGUUAAUGACGACGAUGAAAAGAAGGGGAGAGGGCGAAAUGGUUCUGUUUUGGAGAAAGGGGUUGGAAAGAAGGCUCCCGCCAUAAUCAUAUCUCUCAAGAAAGUCUGCAAGGUUUGCAAGGAAGAGGGGCAUCAGGCAGGAUUCCAGGGGGCCAAUUACAUCGACUGCCCGAGGAAGCCUUGCUUUCUCUGUAAAAUGCCUGGCCACACGACAAUGUCAUGCCCGCAUAGAGUGGCUUUGGAGCAUGGAGUGGUUCCAGCGCUUAGGAAAAACAAACAGACGCAGCUGGAUUAUGUGUUUGAACGACAACUGAUGUCUCAAAUUCCAAAGGUGAGAAUUGCUUAG